GACCCCUUGACGUCACUGGAAGGAGGUGCCGGGGUAGGAAGUGGGCUGUGGAAAGGUUAUAAAUGGCCCCCGCCCUCAGCUGCUCUUCAGCAAGGUCCGCUGGAGUCUCGGAGCGCGCCCGCCGGACACUCCUCGCGGCUCUUCCCCGGCGGCGGCGGCGGCGGCGGCGGCGGCGGCGGCUCCGGCUCGCAGCGAGUUCCCGGACUGGAGCGCAGCGGCCAAGCACGCGGAGCUGCGAGGAUUACCCGGCAAGUGGCCGUCUUCCUGGCUGGAGCCGCGGAUAGUGGCGCCCGGGGCGCGCAGCCAGAGCGCAGGGCCAGCGGCCGCCGAGAGCAAGAAGACAGUUUCCGGCGGCUGGAUAGGUCUCCCGUCAGGAGCGCGGGCACCGGGCGAGCAGGCCGCGUCGCGCUCACCAUGGUCAGCUGCUGGGACACCGGCGUCCUGCUGUGCGCGCUGCUCGGCGGUCUGCUUCUCACAGGAUCUAGUUCAGGUUCAAAAUUAAAAGGCCCUGAACUGAGUUUAAAAGGCACCCAGCAUGUCAUGCAAGCAGGCCAGACGCUGUAUCUCAAAUGCAGGGGGGCAGCAGCCCAUGCGUGGUCCUUGCCUGAAACGGUGAGUAAGGAAAGCAAAAGGCUGAGCAUAACUAAAUCUGCCUGUGGAAAGAACGGCAAGCAGUUCUGCAGUACUCUGACCUUGGCCACGGCCCAGGCAAACCAUACGGGCUUCUAUAGCUGCAAAUAUCUCUCCAUGCCUGCUUCGAAGAAGAAGAAAACUGAAUCUACAGUCUAUAUAUUUAUUAAUGAUACAGGUAGACCCUUUUUAGAGAUGCACAGCGAUAUACCUGAAAUUAUCUACAUGACUGAAGGAAGGGAGCUCGUCAUUCCCUGCCGGGUUACAUCACCUAACGUCACUGUGACUUUAAAAAAGUUUCCACUUGAAACUCUGAUCCCUGAUGGAAAAAGAAUAACCUGGGACAGUAGGAAGGGCUUUAUAAUCUCAAAUGCAACAUACAAAGAAAUAGGGCUUCUGACCUGUGAAACAACUGUGAACGGACAUUUGUACAAGACAAACUAUCUCACACAUCGACAAAACAAUAAAAUCAUAGAUGUCCAGAUGAGCUCACCCGGCCGGGUCAAGUUACUGAGAGGUCAUACUCUUACCCUCAAUUGUACAGCCAUCACUGCCUUGAAUACGCGAGUUCAGAUGACCUGGAGUUACCCUGGUGAGACAAAUAACAGAGCCUUGACCAAGCAACGCAUUGACCAGCGCAGUUCCCGCACCAUCAUGUUCUACAGCGUUCUCACUAUCGACAACGUGCAGAGGGCGGACCGAGGCCCUUACACCUGCCACGUGAAGAGCGGCCCAUCCUCCAAAUCGGUGAACACCUCAGUGCACGUGUACGAUAAAGAAUUCAUCACUGUGAAGCAUCGAACACAGCAGGUGCAUGAAACUGUAGCUGGCAAGAGGUCUUACCGGCUAUCUAUGAAAGUGAAGGCAUUUCCCCGGCCGGAAGUGGCAUGGCUAAAAGAUGGGUUUCCUGCGACGGAGAAAUCUGCUCGCUAUUUGGUUCGUGGCUAUUCGUUAAUCAUUAAAGAUGUGGCUGCAGAAGACGCCGGGGAUUACACCAUCUUGCUGGGCAUAAAGCAGUCAAAUGUGGUCAAGAACCUCACGGCCACUCUAAUCGUAAAUGUGAAACCCCAGAUUUACGAAAAGGCCGUGUCAUCAUUUCCAGACCCGACUCUCUACCCACUGGGCAGCAGACAGAUCCUGACUUGUACCAUCUAUGGUGUCCCUCAACCUACCGUCAAGUGGUUCUGGCAUCCCUGUAACCACAGUCAUUCAAAAGCAAGGUAUGACUUUUGCUCCAAUAAUGAAGAAUCCUUUAUCCUGGAUCCUGACAGCAGCAUGGGAAACAGAAUUGAGAGCAUCACUCAGCGCACAGAAGUAAUAGAAGGAAAGAAUAAGACGGCUAGCACCUUGGUUGUGGCUGAUGCGAGAAUUUCUGGAAUCUACAGUUGCAUGGCUUCCAAUAAAGUAGGGACUGUGAAAAGAAACAUACGCUUUUAUAUCACAGAUGUGCCAAAUGGAUUUCAUAUUAACUUGGAAAAAAUGCCUACGGAAGGAGAGGACCUGAAACUGUCUUGCACAGUCAACAAGUUCUUAUACAGAGACAUUGCUUGGCUUCUGCUGCGGACGGUCAAUAACCGAACCAUGCGCCACAGUACGAGGAAGCAAAACAUGGCCGUCACCAGGGAGAACUCCAUCACUCUGGACCUUGUCAUCAAGAAUGUUUCCCUGGAGGCUUCAGGCACCUACGCCUGCAGAGCCAGGAACAUAUACACAGGGGAAGAAAUCCUUCAGAAGAAAGAAGUUACAAUCAGAGACCAGGAAGCGCCACACCUCCUGCAAAACCUCAGCGACCACACAGUGGCUGUCAGCAGCUCCACCACGCUCGCCUGUCGUGCCGACGGGGUCCCCGAGCCUCAGAUAACCUGGUUCAAAAACAACCACAAAAUCCAACAAGAACCCGGAAUUAUUUUAGGACCAGGAAGCAGCACGCUGUUUAUUGAAAGAGUCACAGAAGAGGACGAAGGCGUCUAUCGCUGCAGAGCCACCAACCAGAAGGGGUCUGUGGAAACCUCCGCGUACCUCACCGUGCAAGGAACCUCGGACAAGUCUAACCUGGAGCUGAUCACCCUGACAUGUACCUGUGUGGCUGCCACCCUCUUCUGGCUCCUGUUAACCCUCUUCAUCCGAAAACUGAAAAGGUCUUCUUCUGAAAUAAAGACUGACUACCUGUCAAUUAUCAUGGACCCGGAUGAAGUGCCCCUGGAUGAGCAGUGUGAGCGUCUCCCAUAUGAUGCGAGCAAGUGGGAGUUUGCCCGGGAGAGACUUAAACUGGGCAAAUCACUUGGAAGAGGGGCUUUUGGAAAAGUGGUUCAAGCAUCUGCAUUUGGCAUUAAGAAAUCACCCACUUGCCGGACUGUGGCUGUAAAAAUGCUCAAAGAGGGGGCCACGGCCAGCGAGUACAAAGCUCUGAUGACUGAGCUCAAGAUCUUGACCCACAUUGGCCACCAUCUGAACGUAGUCAACCUGCUGGGAGCCUGUACCAAGCAAGGAGGGCCUCUGAUGGUGAUCGUUGAAUAUUGCAAAUACGGAAAUCUAUCUAACUACCUCAAGAGCAAACGAGACUUAUUCUUUCUCAACAAGGAUGCAGCAUUGCACAUGGAGCCUAAGAAGGAAAAGAUGGAGCCAGAGGAGGAGCAAGUCAAGAAACAAAGACUAGAUAGUGUCACCAGCAGUGAGAGCUUUGCAAGCUCGGGCUUUCAGGAAGAUAAAAGUCUGAGCGACGUGGAGGAAGAGGAGGAUUCUGACGAUUUCUACAAGCAGCCCAUCACUAUGGAAGAUCUGAUUUCUUACAGUUUUCAAGUGGCCAGAGGCAUGGAGUUUUUGUCUUCCAGAAAGUGUAUUCAUCGGGACCUGGCAGCUCGAAAUAUUCUUUUAUCUGAGAACAAUGUGGUGAAGAUUUGUGACUUUGGCCUCGCCCGGGAUAUUUAUAAGAACCCCGAUUAUGUGAGAAAAGGAGAUACUCGACUUCCUCUGAAAUGGAUGGCUCCUGAAUCUAUCUUUGACAAAAUCUACAGCACCAAGAGCGACGUGUGGUCUUACGGAGUCCUGCUGUGGGAAAUCUUCUCCUUAGGUGGGUCUCCGUACCCAGGAGUGCAGAUGGAUGAGGACUUCUGCGGUCGCCUGAAGGAAGGUGUCAGGAUGAGGGCUCCUGAGUACGCGACACCUGAAAUCUAUCAGAUCAUGUUGGACUGCUGGCACAAAGACCCCAAAGAAAGGCCAAGAUUUGCAGAACUUGUGGAAAAGCUAGGCGAUCUGCUUCAAGCCAAUGUACAACAGGAUGGCAAAGACUAUAUCCCACUAAACGCCAUACUGACAGGAAACAGUGGAUUUACAUACUCAGCUCCCGCCUUCUCGGAGGACUUCUUCAAGGAAGACAUUUCAGCUCCAAGGUUUAAUUCAGGAAGUUCUGAUAAUGUCAGAUACGUAAAUGCUUUCAAUUUCAUGAGCCUGGAAAAAAUGAAAACCUUUGAAGAACUUGCACCAACUGCCACCUGCACGCUUGAUGAUCUCCGGGUGGACGGAGAAACUCUGCAGACCUCUCCGCUGCUGAAGCGCUUCACCUGGACCGACAGCAAACCCAAGGCCUCAGUGAAGACCGACUUGAGAGUGACCAGUAAGAGUAAGGAGUCGGGGCUUUGUGACCUCACCAGGCCCACCUUCUGCCAUUCCAGCUGCGGGCACGUCAGCAAAGGCAGGCGCAGAUUCACCUACGACAACUCCGAGCUGGAAAGGAAGGUCGCGUGCUGCUCUCCUCCCCCAGACUACAACUCGGUGGUCUUAUACUCCAUCCCACCCGUCUAAGGUUGGACACACAGCCUUAUUUCUACAAGCACAUGUGUAUGUAUGCCCCCAGAAAACUAGCUUUUGCCAGUAUUAUCCACAUAUAAAUUUACACCUCUACCAUUCCACAGGAGCCAGCUGCUUUUUGUGAUUCUCAAUAGUGCUUUUUCCUCUUGACUAACAAGAACGUAACCCCAGAUAAACAGAGUAACAGUGACAAGUGAAGACGGCCCCUGCUGAACCCUCAUGUGACUCGUUGUUAAAGGUUUUUCCAAGCCGUAACACUUGCCUGCUCCUCCCCCCCGGGCCUCAGGGCACAGAGCCGUGGACAGUCCAGAAGGGACACCGGCCACGCCAGGCGGCCACACACCUUAAGCCGCCGGCCUAAGCAAUUGCCUCUGGGUCCUCUCCAGAUGUGACAUGUAAGAAGGAAAGACAGGAGAAAGGAAGAAAAUAGGACAGGGCAGGAGAAGGCCGCUGAGCUGGACCACAUGCAAGGGAGAGGGUGGGGCAGGGCAGGGGAGAGGGCUGAGAGGUCCUUCAGGGGUGUCUGCAGCCCUCACCUGACCCGCCCGCUUCUGAGAGCCCUGCUGGGGGCACAGGACAGGGGGUGAGGGGCAUUUUCUGGAUUCUGGGAGACAAGAAAAGGACAAACACUUUUUGGAAUUACAAAGCAAAUUUUAAAGCUUUAGCUACAGGGCUGGUUUUCUGCCCAUUCCUGCAUGUGGCGCACUGUUUCCAGCACUGAGGAUGGUGGUCACAUCUGAGGCCAGACCACUGGCCCCCGGCCACUGAGAGCUCACCCCGCGCCCAGCUGGCCCCCUGGCCUGACACUUGGCACGAGGCUCCUAGCAAGCUAAUCGGAAUGAGUCUUGUCUGUUAGGGUUAUGUUGGGCUUGAAGCCACAUUUUAAACAAAUAACGUCAGGCUCUACUUUGAGUGUCAAUGUAUAGUCAAGACACAACUCAGUGUUUUGUAUUAACCUGUUUUGUACAGUUAGUUAUAAAAGGAAGCCGAGGAGAAAAUGCCGUCUUGUGCAGGGUUUUCUCUCUACCAAAAUGAGGACAGAUGAAAUUUAAACAGAUAAGGCAAGUGAAAACCCCAUCUCCAUACCAAGCGAACCAACUCACUGCAACAGUUGGGACCCGAAGGAUAGGAAGUCAGUCGUGUUUCCUUUUUAUUUAAUUGGGAUUCACGAUCUCAUGUUUGUCUCCUGGGAAGAUGUGUGAGAGCAUUAACCAAUGUUUAUUAAGCACUUUAUGCUCCUUGAGAAAAAAGGUGGUAUGUAAUUUAUGCAAGACAGUUCUACAAUUGGGACUCAGGAUAUCCAUCAGUCACCCACAGGCGAAAAGCCUUUCCAUGGGCUUUGGACCUUGUCUUGGGUCUGAGGAUGAUGGAAAGGGGAGACAGGGUACAAAAGGGGGCCCACUGUUCAGGGUCUAAGAACCCCGGAGCUCUCGGCUGGCCGGCAGACCCCGCACCUUCUGAAGCCAGUCAGAGCUGGGCAGGCAGAGCGGGUUGUUGCUGCUGGCAGAGGACAGUCUGCUUCCGUUACAUUAUGCAUGUAACUUAACUCUAGAACCUGAAAUAUAAGUAACAGAAGAAUCUUUGCUGACUUCCCUGUGUCAUUGUCUGGUUUCAAGGUUCUUUGAAGAGAUGGAAGUGUCAGCACUUCCCAAGUGAGAGGUGGGGGUGACGGGGGGCCUGUGGCCAGCCCAGGAGCCAGUCAGGCCUCGCCACCCAGCGCCAGGGCCAGAGGGGAAAAGCUUCGUCCUUCUUCUUUACAUGCACAAAGGCACCUGUGACAACUGGCAAUAGUGUAAACCAGGUAACCAGAAGGGGGUUAAACAUGGGGAAAAUAAAAGAAGACCUCAACCAAUUCUCUAGGUUUUUCAGAUUGGAUAGAGAUCCAACAAUUAGUGAAAACAAAGACAGACCUUAGCUCUGUGUGUAAUGUCUUGAUAUCAGUAAUCUAAUACUUAAUCAUGACAAGACCUUAGUUAAAACCAUCUUACCAAAAGAAAAACAUCUCUUAGAACUACGUUAAUUCAGUUUCUUAAAAGACUCUGGUGUGUAGACCACGUGAGUCAUCAGUCAAAAAUACGUUCCCAUCUGGAGUCUUACCAUGGAAAACUGGCAGCUUGCAGUAAUGGGUGCUCUGUCUCGUUGCAAAGCGCUUGCCAGCCUGGUUCAUUAAAACAGCCCUGAAAACGAAAACACUACUGCACUGCUAGGAUGCUUAGAACCAUUUGUCAUAUAUGACAAAAACGGUUGGCACUAACAGUGCAAGAACCAGCACCUCCUUUCAGGAUUUGAGCUAAUGUACGUGUGACAGCAUGUGUGGAGGGGACAACCACAUGCAAGCAGUGACGCUGACCUCAGUUUUAGCCCCUGGAACAAAUCCGUCCAAAUCCUGGAAACUGUUACUUAGGUCUUCCAGCUACACCUGGUUUCCCAGCCCCGGAGAACGUCAAACAGGAAACAGCUCCUUGGUGUCCCCUUUUCAUUGAUUAAAGGAGGAGCACAUCUCUGACUGACAGCGGGAGUAGCUCUGUGUGUAUAUAUAUCGCGUGUGUGUGUUUUGUGCAGAACUAUUUAAGGAAACUGGAAUUUUAAAGUUACUUUUAUGUGGACCAAGACUAUAUGCUGCAGAUGUUCAGACAGACACAAUUUGGUCCUACAUCUCUAGUCACCAUGAAUGUAUUUUGUAUGCUACCUUCAUAUAAUAAAGUUAACUUCAAAACAUG